UGUCAUCUGACUGAGGGUUGGGCGACACCAGGAAGACGCAGCUCUUAUGUUAGUAAAUGAAGAGAAUAAACGCUCAUUAAAAUAAAAUAUCAAUGAACAGCUUAUAACAACCCACAGCUCGCAAAACAAACACCAGGUCCGGUACCUUGAACCCUGCUGUUUGGGAUCGGUUACUAUGGAGGAGACGAACAGAGAGGCUGUUGCCACGGCAGUACAGAGGGUUGCUGGGAUGCUGCAGCGCUCUGACCAGCUGGACAAAGUGGAGCAGUACCGACGGAGAGAGGCACGCAAGAAAGCAUCCGUCGAAGCCAGAUUAAAGGCUGCUAUUCAGUCUCAGUUGGAUGGGGUACGAACAGGCCUCAUGCAGCUCCAUAACGCCCUGUGUGAUGUGAAAGACAUCCAGAACUCUCUGGCGGAUGUCAGUAAAGACUGGAGGCAGAGCAUCAAUACCAUAGAGAAUCUGAAGGACGUGAAAGACGCUGUGGUUCAGCACAGUCAGCUCGCUUCAGCUGUCGAGAACCUCAAAAACAUUUUCUCAGUACCAGAGAUCGUACGAGAGACCCACGAUCUGAUCGAGCAGGGCGAGCUGCUUCAAGCUCACCGCAAGCUAAUGGACCUGGAGUGCUCCCGCGACGACCUCAUGUACGAGCAGUACCGCAUGGACAGCAAGAACACCCAUGACAUGAACCUCAUCCGUGGCUACUUCGGCCAGGUGCAGGGCCUGUCAGAGGAACUCUCCAAACAACUCUGGAUGGUCCUUCAGCGUGCCAUGGUCACCGUCCGCCGUGACCCGACCAUGCUGGUGUCUGUGGUCCGAAUCAUCGAGCGCGAAGAGAAGAUCGACCGCAGGAUGCUGGACCGUAAGAAGCAGACGGGGUUCAUCCCGCCCGGGAGGCCCAAAUGCUGGAAAAAUCGAAUGAACGGAGUCCUAGAGGGCACCGUGAGCGCUCGCAUCGAGAGCACGCAGUCAGAAACACGAGAGUCCGACAAGAUGUGGCUGGUGAGGUUGCUGGAGAUCACCAGGAAGUACGUUCUGGACGACCUGAUCGUGGUGAAGAACCUGAUGGUGCAGUGCUUCCCGCCGCACUACAACACUUUCCAGGUGUUCUUAGACCUCUAUCAUAAAUCAGUGUCGGCACGCGUGCAGGAGCUCGCAGCGGAAGAUCUGGAGGCCAAUGAGAUUGUGUCUCUUCUAACAUGGGUGCUCAACACGUAUAAAAGUGUGGACAUGAUGGGUCAUCCUGAUCUGCAGCCCGAGUGUGACGUGAAGCAGCUGGAGCCGCUGCUGCCCCAAAACGUGGUGGAUGAUUUGCUGGGCAAAUACCUCAAAACCUUUACUUCAAACAUCACGGGCUGGCUGCGCAAAGCUCUGGAAACCGAUAAGAAAGACUGGCAGAAGGAGACGGAGCCUGAGGCCGACCAGGACGGAUACUACCAAACCACCUUACCUGCUAUUGUCUUCCAGAUGUUUGAGCAGAAUCUCCAGGUGGCUGCCCAGAUCAACGAGACCUUUAAAGAGCAGGUGCUGAGAGUCUGUCUGAAGCAGAUGAACUCAUUCUUAGUAAGGUACCGAGAAGAGGCGAUCAGCUAUAAAGAGGAACAUCUGAAAGAUCGUCAGCUCCCGCAGUGCUACGUUCAGUACAUGAUCGCCAUCAUCAACAACUGUCAAACGUUCAAAGAGUCUAUAAAUAGCCUGAAAAGGAAGUACUCUCAGUCGACUGAACCCACUCAGAACGACGCCGCUAUAGACAAGCUCCUGAACGACGUGGCCAAAGAGGGCUGCCAGUUCCUGCUGGACGAAGUCUUUCUGGAUUUGGAGCAUCAUCUUAAUGAGCUGCUGACCCGGAAGUGGUUGACAGGGUCUCAUGCCGUAGACACCAUCUGUGUGACCGUGGAAGACUACUUUAAUGACUUUGCCAAAAUUAAAAAGCCUUAUAAUCAGGAAAUGACGAGUGAGGCUCAUCGGCGAGUGGUGGUGGAGUAUCUGAAGGCCAUUAUGCAGAAACGCAUCUCGUUUAAGAACGCCGAUGAGAGGAAGGAGGGAGCCGACCGGAUGAUGAAAGAAGCAGAGCAGUUCAAAUUCCUCUUUAGGAAACUUUCUUCUGGAGAGGACACGGACCGGCUGUGUGACUCCAUCGCUGCCAUCGCUGAGGUCUUCAAACUGACCGAUCCUGCACUGCUCUACCUGGAGGUGUCCACCCUGGUGUCCAAAUAUCCUGACAUUCGAGAGGAGCACAUUGUGGCUCUGUUAGCUGUCCGUGGAGAUGCCAGUCGAGAAAUGAGACAGAUGAUCAUAGAGACUCUGAACCAGAACAAACCAUCCUCUUCUUCCGUGUCUCAGCCCGUCUUCAGAGACAUCACCGUGCCAUCCAUCACCGUGCCAUCCAUCACCAUGACCGCCAUGACCUCGAUGGCAGUUCCCAAACUGCUGAAAUAACCUGACCUUUGAGCCCUAGAGCCUUUACUAAGCCGCUAACAGGCCACAGAGCGGAGUAUCAUCUCCAUUAAUGCACUUUGGAAUAACAUCUCUGUCAUCUCAAUGGAAACGUCUCAAUGGAUGAGGAUGUGCUUUUGAAUGGCAGCAGACCGCAGACGCUUUGAUGAUUUAUGAUGACUUGAUGUACAGAAAUAUUUUCGGAAUUUUUUUCCCUAGCCUGCCCUUUGUAAAAUGGUUGAAUUAAAAAAAAAAAUAGUUCACCCAAAAGCAGAAGUUGCCAUCACUCAAGGCUGUUUCAAACCCUUAUGAUUUUUAUCAGUAAUAAAAAAUGUUUUGGGAGUUAUUUUUCCGUAUAAUGCAGCCAUAAUGAAUGUAUAAUGAAGACAACAUAAGUGUGGUCCACAUAGGUCGUGCACUAUAUAGCAUGUCUUACAAAGCAAAUAUGGUGGCUUUUUCACGGAAAACAAACUAUUUGAGGAGCUACAAAAGCAGAACUGUUCAGUUUGCAUUUACACUAGCGUUGUAUUUCCAAUAUGGCAAUAAAAAUACAUCCAUUGUUAACAUUGUCGUGAGCAUAGUUAUCAACGUCAAACCUACAACAAGUGAUGACUUAUUUGUCUGUUAGUCACAAUAUAUGUGCUGUAGAAUUGGAAUAUAUUAUUAUUAUUAUUAUAUAGUGCAAUUGAUAGAAUUUUUUUUUUUGGGGUGAACUAUCCCGAGGGUUGCAUUCGGCACCGUUUUUGUCGUUCAUUCUCAUGAAUAAUCUUUUUUUUUUUCGCCGGCGUGACAUUUACAAGCGUCCUGCUGGCUGCCGUCAUGAACUGUAACAAACCACUGAACUCCAUCACGUCUGUUUUCAUUUCAAUAAAAUCUGGGUUAACACUAAGUGAUCUAAAUGA